AUGUAUUUUGGUCUCCAGACAGGCUGGAUCUCCAUGAUGUCACUUCAAUCCUCCUUGUUGGGGUUUGCGAUUUUUAAACCGUUUCAACCAAUGCUCAGACACAAGUUUGGACCUAUCGAAAAUGUGGUAUUACAAACAACUGCAGUAGCUACAGCCACUAUGCCAUUAGCAGCCGGUUUUGUUGGUGUGAUACCUGCAAUGGAAUUGAUGACGACAGACGAUAAUGAAGGAGGUGCUUUGGUAUUAAACGGACGACAAUUGAUUUUAUGGUCUUUGGGUGUUGCAUUUUUCGGUGUAUUUUUUGCAAUCCCACUACGAAAACAAACAAUUAUUCGAGAAAAACUUAAAUUUCCCUCCGGCACAGCCACGGCACAAAUGAUCAGCUUGCUCCACCAAAGACCAGAUCCCACCUUAAAAAAAACUGUGCUUCGCAGACGUCGAGGAAAUGAGCAACAGCCUUUGAUGAGUAGCUCACCUACGAAUUACAGUGCAGUAAGCGAGGAGCAUUUUGAGAACAACUGGAAACUCAAAUUACGUGGACUAUUAGUUUCUUUUGUGGCAUCUUCUGUAUACACCGUGACAUGCUAUUUUGUUCCCGUGCUGACAGCUUUACCGAUUUUUAACUGGAUGACGUUCAACUUGAUCGAUUUUAAGGCUUGGGAAUGGUAUUUCACACCAAGUUUUAGUUACAUUGGUCAGGGAAUUAUCAUGGGACUACCAACCACAUUAUCUAUGUUGUUGGGAUGUGUUGUAGGUUGGGGUGUUUUGUCGCCUGUCGCAUUUUAUGCUGGAUGGGCUCCAGGUCCUAUUGGGGAUUGGAAGACUGGAUCUAAAGGUUGGAUUUUGUGGAUCUCUUUGGGCGUGAUGAUUGCUGAAUCUAUUGUUUCCCUUAUCGUUGUGCUUAUCAGGACGCUUAUUAAAUUUGGUUAUCACCGCAACAAAUUGGUAGAUUAUACACCCUUGUUAAAUACGGGCGACAAUGGAGAUGAAUAUAUAGAGACAGAGGAGGAAGAAGUUGAUGCUCCCAUUAAUCAACAGGUUUCCAAACGUGUGACCAUCAUUGGACUCUUGCUUUCUACUAUUGCAUGUAUUGCUCUAAUUCGUACUGUGUUUGGACCUGAUGUCUUACCUGCGGGUAUGACACUUUUAGCAGUUGUGGUGGCCAUGUUUUUAAGUAUUUUAGGUGUACGUGCCUUAGGUGAGACUGAUUUAAACCCUGUCACAGGUAUAUCCAAGAUCAGUCAAGUUCUUUUCGCUGGUAUCUUGCCUGGAUCAAUCCUGGGCAAUUUGAUAGCUGGUGGGAUUGCUGAAGCGGGAGCACAACAAGCUGGCGAUUUAAUGCAGGACCUGAAGACCGGGCAUUUAUUACGUGCUUCUCCCAAAGCUCAAUUUUAUGGCCAAAUGAUUGGAUCGUUUGCCAGUGUCUUUAUUGCCACAGGUGCCUACUUAUUAUACCGAAGUGUGUACAAUAUUCCUGGACCUGAAUUUCCCGUACCUACUGCACAAGUUUGGCUCGAUAUGUCGAGACUUGUCAAUGGCCACGAAUUGCCAUCGCAUGUCACAGAAUUUGUAUUUGCAUUUGCCAUUUUGUUUGCCGUAUUUGUGUUGAUCAAGGAGUUAUACCCUAAACAUUCGUGGACCAAGUUUAUCCCUCAAGGUAUUGCAUUUGCUAUUGGAAUGUACAACCCACCUGCUUUUACACUUGCUCGAGUCAUUGGUGGCUUCGUGUCGCAUUUCUGGAACAAGUACUGUGAAACCAAAGGAGAUCACAGCUGGUUGGAACCUUAUCGAGUUGUCGGCAAAGUGUUUAUUGUGGUGGUAGCCAGUGGAUUUGUGCUCGGUGAAGGCACUUUUGCUAUUGUAAACAUGACAAUGAGAGCAUUUAAUGUACCUCAUUUUUAA